GAGGGGGAGGCGGAAAUGCGAAAUGAUAGGAGAAGACCGGAGGGGGUGGGAUGAAGCUAAGAGCUGGAAAGGUGAUUGGCCACAGGGAUACAGAGCUGGGGAAGGGAAAGGAUCAUGGGACGGGAGGCUUCGGCAGAACGAAAGGGGAAGGGAGCACCGGAAAGAGAUGGAGAACAGGCAGUGAUGGGGAGAGGGAGAGAGAAAAAAAAAGACGAACAACUAAAUAUGUCAGGGAUGGGGUAAGAAGGGGAGAAGGGGCAUUAACAGAAAUGAGAGAAGUCAAUGGUCAUGCCAUCAGGUUGGAGGCUACCCAUGUGUUGUUCCUCCAACCUGAAUGCGGCUUCAUCUUGACAGUAGAGGAGUCCAUGGAUAGACAUAUCAGAAUGGGAAUGGGACGUGGAAUUAAAAUGUGUGGCCACUGGGAGAUCUGCUUUCUCUGGUGGGCAGAGCGUAGGUGUUCAGCGAAACGGUCUCCCAGUCUGCGUCGGGUCUCAGCAAUAUAUAAAAGGCCACACCGGGAAGACCGGACACAGUAUACCACACCAGCUGUCCUGACGAAGGGUCUCGGCCCGAAACGUCGACAGUGCUUCUCCCUACAGAUGCUGCCUGGCCUGCUGUGUUCCACCAGCAUUGUGUGUGUGUUGUGUGAUUCCCCGAGUCUGCAGCGCGCGUAGUGGACAAUCGCGGUACUGCAGGGGAUCAGCAGCUCCCCGAAAGUGAAAGCAUUCUGAAUCAGGAAGUGCUGGAGUUAACAUGGCUUCGAAAGGAGAGACCGAAAGUUGGACCGAGGAGGUAAUUUGUCCCGUCUGCCUGGAUUUCUUCACCGAUCCGAUUAUACUGGAGUGUGGACACAACUUCUGUCGCUCUUGUAUCACACAGUAUUGGGAAAGGGAGGAGAGAAACUCCUGCCCGGAAUGUAGAGAGGAGUUUGCUGACCGCACCCUCAGGGUGAAUCGGGCCUUAGCAAAUCUGACACAGAAAGUUCGGAAUCUAAGCCUGAAUCUGAAAGGGAAGGAAAGUAAACGUCACUGCGAGGAACAUGAGGAAGAACUGAAGCUGUUUUGUGAAACAGACAAGACACUGAUCUGUAUGAUCUGUGCAGUGGCGGAGGAACACCGAGAGCACCGCUUCCGGCCGAUUAAAGAAGCUGUUAAAAAAUACAUGGAUCAGCUAAAAUUUUCCUUAGACUCUCUCACAAAAAAGGAAUCAGACUUCCAGGAAAAGGAGCAGCAACAGAAAGAGAAGAUUUCCGGAGUUCAGGAACAGUCACACAGCCUUCAGUCCCACAUCACAUCCCAGUUUGCUGAACUGCGCCAGAUUAUCACUGAGAAAGAGCAGAGCUUACUCAGGGAUCUCAGGGAAGAGGAGAAGAGGAUUCUCAACCCAAUGGAGAAAAAUCUUCUGGCUCUUCAAGAGAAUAUAAGGAUUAUUCAGGAGGAAAUCACAAAGUUAAAGGAACAGAUGGAUCAAAAAGACAGUGUGAUAUUUCUCAAGGAGGAAGCUCGUCGGAACAGAAGGAUUAAUGACGAUGUCCAGGAAUUGUCAGUGACAGAUGAGACCCUACCGGUUGAAAAAUUCGAUCACCUCUAUUUGUUGAACACAGUGCUGAGAGAAACGCUUGAUGCUAUUAAUCGAGUUUCGGAGAAUGAGAGGAGAUCUCAUGGAAACACAAAAUUCUUUCAGGGGUCAACAGGCAGGAGUGAGCGAGGAUGUUUCCCCUGUUCAGCGGAAAACCCUUGUGGAGACAUCUGCUUUUGUCGAAUCAAAGUCUCUGUCACUCUGGAUGUGGAAACGGCGCAUCCGGAUCUCGAGAUGUCUGAGGAUCUGAAGAGUGUGAGACGGACCUGGACCUGGAGGGAUCUCCCUGACACCGGGAAGAGAUUCACAGACUGGAUUUGUGUGCUGGGAUCUGAGGGAUUCACAUCGGGGAGACAUUACUGGGAGGUGGAGGUGACGGGGAAUCGGGGCUGGUUUCUGGGAGUCGCCGCAGAAUCUGUGGAGAGGAAGAGACGGGUCAGACUGAGUCCGGAGACCGGAUUCUGGGUCAUCGGGCGGGAUGGUGACGUGUUACAUCGGGAUUGUGACGUGGACCGUUAUCUCCCCUCCCCCGAGACCCGUCUCGCUGCCGGUCCCAUCCCCGGGAGGGUGGGAGUUUAUCUCAGUUACGAGUCCGGGACAGUUUCAUUUUACAAAGCGGAGACCAAGUCCCAUCUCCACACCUUCACUGGGAAUAAAUUCACGGGGAAACUUUAUCCUCUCUUCCGGACCUUGGGUGGAAACCAGUGGCUGAGAAUCUGCUCCGGUUCCGCUCCGGGUCUGUAAACGGGUCGGGUCCCGGGACCGGCGUCAGGAGUAAAGUCCCUGUAAAUAUAAAU